GGGGACAGUAGGAAGAUGGCGGCGGCCCCGCUGUACUGUGUCUGCCGGCAACCUUACGAUGUGAGCCGGUUUAUGAUCGAGUGCGACAUCUGUAAAGACUGGUUUCACGGCAGCUGUGUACAGGUAGAGGAGCAUCAUGCUGUGGAUAUUGAUGUUUACCACUGUCCCAACUGUGAUGUCACAAACGGACCCUCCCUGAUGAAACAGCGGAACAACUGGCACAGGCAUGAUUACACCGAACCGGACAACGGAUCGAAGCCGGUGCAGGCGGGCACCACGGUGUUUAUCAAGGAGCUGCAGAGCAGGACCUUCCCCAGUGCAGAGGAGAUUAUAAUCCGAAUGAGGGGUGAGCAGGUCACUACCAGGUACUUGGAGAGACAUGGCUUCAACUACCCAAUAGCAGUCACCGAGAUGGAGGGCCUGGGCCUGAAACUACCCCCUCCUACUUUCUCCGUCAAAGAUGUGGAGCAGUAUGUGGGUGGUGACAAAGUCAUCGACGUGAUAGACGUGGCACGCCAGGCAGACAGCAAGAUGAAGCUCAGCGAGUUUAUUAAGUAUUUCACCAACCCAAAUCGGCCCAAGGUCCUCAACCUCAUCAGCCUGGAGUUCUCUGACACCAAGAUGGCAAAACUGGUGGAGGUUCCUGACGUGGCUCGGAAGAUGUCCUGGGUAGAAAACUACUGGCCGGAUGACUCAUUCUUCCCCAAGCCCUUUGUCCAAAAGUACUGCCUUAUGGGGGUUAAAGACAGCUACACAGAUUUCCACAUAGACUUUGGAGGAACCUCGGUCUGGUAUCAUGUUCUCUGGGGCGAGAAGAUCUUCUACUUGAUCAAGCCCACUCCCAACAACCUUGCACUAUAUGAGGCAUGGAGCUCUUCGCCCAAUCAGAGUGAAGUGUUCUUUGGGGAAAAAGUGGACAUGUGUUACAAGUGUGUUGUGCCCCAAGGAACCACCCUGCUCAUCCCUACAGGCUGGAUCCAUGCUGUUCUCACUUCUCAGGAUUGCAUGGCAUUUGGAGGGAACUUCCUUCACAACCUCAAUAUUGGCAUGCAGCUCAGGUGUUAUGAAAUGGAGCGCCGUCUAAAAACCCCAGACCUCUUUAAGUUCCCUUACUUUGAGGCCAUCUGCUGGUAUGUGGCCAAAAACCUGCUGGAAAUGCUGAAAGAGCUACGCGAAGACAGCUGCCCACCGCCGACCUACAUAGUAGACGGGGUCAAGGCUUUAAUCGGUGCUCUGAGGACGUGGUUGAAAAGAGAGGUGACUGAACCCUCCAGCGAGGUGCCAGAUCAUAUCAGGCCUAACCAUCUUAUUAAAGAGCUGACCAAGGAAAUCCGCUACCUGGAGGAAGAGCCAGGGAGUGUCGGCAAGCCAGUGAAAUCUCAGGGAUACGGACUGCCGCCUUGCAUGAGCGCCUGCCCGGCCACCCGCUCCGCCCUGGAGAGGCUGUGCCAGGCGCGGCGGGCGCGGCGGGCCGCCCGGCGGCUGAGGGAGGAGCAGCGGCAGGCGCCCAAGCUGCCCUCCAACCUGGACAUCUUGGAGCAGCACACCAGGGAGGUGCUGAAGAGGCUGGAGGUGGGGCCUCUGGAGGAGGACCCGGCGUUCUGCGCAAAGGUUCAUGGGAAGCUCAACAAAGUGUCGACCGCAUCCGCAGCAGCUGCAGCCGCCGCGGCCGAGUCCUUGGAGGACAACCACCUACGACUCAUGCUGGUCAACGGGAGGAUAAUCAGAGAUCUGAGGCGGUUGGGCAGCAGCCCCAUUAAGAUGGAGGGGGGGCAGUCCCCUGCUGGCCACUGCCCACCAAAGAGCUGCGUGGAGGUGAAGUCGGAGAGGACGCAGCAAGGCACGGCGGAGAAGCCGACGCCCCUCAGUAAGUCAGAAGGGACCCGUCUGGAGGGGGUCAAGACUGAACUCAGGGACGAAAUCUCAGGACACUCGGGUGUGUCGGACGUGGAGUCAGACAGCGAUUCUACCACAGAGCUAAACUCUGAUCGGCUGCCCGCGCGCCACUUUUGUAACGCUGUGAAAACGUCUCUCUCGAUCCAGCGCAAGGCGUCAUCCUCGUCAUCCUCCUCCGACGAGGACUCGGAGAGUUCGCAGGAAGAAGAAGACGACGACGACGAUGAGGAGGAAGAGGAGGAGAGGGGCUCAUCUCAGCAGACAGGCUCAGGGCACACCAUAGAGCUGGACCCGUCCGGUCAGAAUCUCAGGCACAUGCACAAACCACUCAAACGAGAACGUCCUACCUCACCCAGCACAGAAGAGGCCAUUCAGGGGAUGCUGACCAUGGCCGGGCUGCUCUGCCCCGCCGAGCCGGAGAAGGCGGCGUCGCCGCGGGAGCCCUGGUGGUCCAGCCAGCGCUCGCCACAAGAGGCGGCGCAGCGCCGGCUGCAGAGCGGGAAGAGCCCCAUGGACAGCCAGGGCAACAGCAGCAGCGAGGCGUGGGACAAUCAGGGGCUGCCCAGCCCCGAGGCGGACUACCAGUACUGUGACCCCUCCAUGUCUCCCCCGCUGCACCCUUCCAAGAGACACGCCCCCAACCCCCCACCCAUCAGCAAUCAGGCUACAAAAGGCAAACGGCCCAAAAAAGGAAUGGCCACCGCCAAGCAAAGACUGGGCAAGAUCCUGAAACUCAACAGACACAAUCGUGUCUUU